AUGUCCGGUCCACAACCCAGCCAACCUGACGAAGUAAAUCUCUACCAAACGCCUACACGUUGGGCGCGCUACCCGCUCACUGCAUUCGAUGGCUCUUUCGAACGGUCAACAUUCCUCACUGGCUGGCUCGUCAAAGGUGUAAUUGACACCAAGACACUUUCGCAUGCGCUCCGUCGAUUGACUGAAAAAUGGCGCGUACUUGCAGGUCGCCUCGAGUCGGUGGAAGGGACCAAGAACUGGCAAAUUGCAGUCCCGCUCAGUGUUCUUCCUGAACGCUACCGCACAUUCGUGUUGACGGAAACGACCUCGGAUGUCCCGCUCUCAAAUUACAUCAGCCUCCCGCUCCCGGCAGUCUCUGAUUCUCUCCCGCAGUCUCUGUUUCUUCAUGCUUCGACUCCGCGGCAAAACUUAGACUGGGUAACACGCGACAAUCCGCUCACUUGCUGGCACGUUACCCAUUUCCCUUCCCGGAGUGCAUCCGAGCCAGCCUAUUCCUGUGUAGGCUUUGCCCGUUCUCAUGGUGUAUUUGACGGUAUCGGAGCUGCAACGGUAAUGAAGGCCCUUGUCGCGGAGAUGCGAGGCAAUGAAUGGAAAGUCCCGCUGUUACCGCCAGAAGGACACAAUCCAAACCCUAUCAUCGAACUCUUGAACAGAGCCGCUCCGUCAAUCGAGGGCGUUGAAGUACCGUAUUCGCCGCUUGGGUUGAAGGGCUCAUUAUGGCUUGUUGGCUGGCAUCUCCGAGAGCGUUACUGGCGCGGUGCUACCCAUCAGAUUUUUGUGAUGCCCCAAGAAUGCAUUUCCCUGGUUGUUGAACCAGUCAAAGGAGAUAUACGAACCAUCAGUCCUGACCUCGUCGUCACGACAGGCGAUGUUCUUGUUGCUUGGUUUUUAAAGGUCCUAUACGCAAGCGGAACAGCCGCAGAAACUGUAGUUCACUGCUCCAACUUUGCCAACUUUCGGGAUCUUAUUCAACAAGCCGGUGGCAAAUCACUGGAUGAUUACCCACAUAACGCAUUCCUCCCACUACCCUACCCGACAUUGACAGUGCAAACGAUCAACUCGACACCCCUUCCAGAGCUGACGCAACAACUUUGUGCGAGUCGUCAUUCGCUCUCGCUCAGUCACGUCGCUGCUGCCCAUCACAUUAUGACGACAAGCAAAUUGACGAUGCCUGUCCACCAAGCGGCACAAGACACGCUUGUCAUCUCCAACGUGUCCGCGUCGCGAAUAUUCGAGACAGACUGGAGCCCCGUCAGCUCUGAGGGGACGAUCUGCAGCUACCGCUUUUCGGCAACCCCGAAUAACCUUGUGUUUGGGAAUGGCGUGUAUAUUUCCGGUCGAUUGUCUGAUGGAAGCACCGUGCUCGAUGUGAAUCUGAACGCAGUCAGGAUGGAGAACCUCGCAAGGGCAAUUGGAGAGCUUAAGUCGCGGCUGUGGGUUGAAAGUGUUUAG